AUGAGUGUCUCCACGACACCCACGGAUUCUCGUGCGGGUACGAUGCAGCCAGACUCGACCGUCCCUCCGUCGCCAACCACAAGUGCGACGGACUCCGCGAUCAAUCCCAUUGCCGACGAUGGCCAUGAUCAAAGCGCGAAAUCGAUAGAUGAUGAUGCCGAAGACCUAAAUAAUGAUGCGAAGGGCCUAAUGCACUUGUUGAAGUCCAGUUCAGUUUUUGUCGCAAUCAUGUCGGAUAAGAUGAAAAAGCAAAAAGAAGAGGCUCAACUGGCUGCAAUCAAGCAGCGUGAGCAACUUGCCUCUACUGAAGAUAAGAAGAAGACCAAGGCUGCUCCCGAGCCACUCCGACGAGCGACACGCACCCGUGGGAACCAGGAUGCAAACCCCGAAGAUAAGAUUGAAGAAAGCUCUGCGAAUGUCGAAGCCAAUGAACACAAGACGACUGCGAAACGUGGUCGGCCCAAGCGGGCAUCUGCCGCUAACGGCAGCUCGAUCUCGAACUACUUCAAGAAGGCCGAUGUGAAAGUAAACGAGGAGAAUCCUUCCGUGCAGGAAGUCCUUGAGCAAGCUGCCAAUGAAUAUGAAGCAAAGCCUACCGCACUAGGUGAACAAGAGCUGGUUGCUACUCAGCAGCCUGGGCUGAUGACUGGGGGCAAAAUGCGCACAUAUCAAUUGGAAGGGCUGGAGUGGCUCAGGUCUUUGUGGAUGAACGGACUGGGCGGCAUUCUUGCUGAUGAGAUGGGCCUUGGAAAGACCGUUCAGGCAAUUUCUAUGAUUGCUUUCUUGAAAGAGAAGAAGGUCUCAGGACCUUUCCUUAUUGUCGCGCCAAUGAGCACCCUGGGCAAUUGGAUUGAUGAGUUUGCGAGAUGGACUCCGGAGAUUGAGACAGUCCUUUAUCAUGCCUCGAAAGACGAGCGAGCUGCUAUUCGUCAAAAGCAGAUGAACAUCAAGAAGCAGACACAGAUGAACUUCCCUGUUGUUUGCACAUCAUACGAUAUUUGUAUCAAUGACGGCAAGUUCUUGUCCCAGUACCAUUGGAGGUACAUAGUUGUUGAUGAGGGCCACCGCUUGAAGAACGUGGAUUGCAAACUGAUGAAGGCACUCAUGGCCUAUCCAUCUGCCAACCGACUCCUCAUCACAGGAACUCCCCUGCAGAACAAUAUUUCUGAAUUGUGGUCCCUGUUGCAUUUCCUUUUACCUGAUGUAUUCAAUGAGAUGGGCUCUUUCGAGAAAUGGUUCGACUUCUCUUCAGUCUUGGAACAGAAGGGCGACAGCGAUCGUAUUCUGGAGAGGAAAAAGAGCAAGUUAGUCUCCAGUAUGCACGCCAUUCUCAAGCCAUUCUUACUUCGGCGCCUCAAGGCUGAUGUGGAGACCUCGCUGCCGAAAAAGCGAGAGUAUAUCCUGUACGCCCCGCUCACUUCCGAGCAGAAAGACCUUUACCGAGAGAUCAUCACCGGAACGGGUCGCCAAUAUCUCGAAGACAAGGCCUUGGAGCGCCUGACCAGCAAGAGCGCCAGCACCACGCGCUCGUCGAGCCUCAAGCGCAAGAGAAGUGACAGUGGACAAAGCUCACCAGCGAAGAGCGCAAAAGCCAGCAAGACAUCCACCCCUGCCGCUGAUGGUCCCAUUUCUAGCCGACCCCGUCGUCGUGGUGUGACCAACGAGUACAAGGAGGUCACUGACGGAGAGUUUGACGAAAAGCUGCGGAAGAUGGAGCUGGGUAUUGAAGAUGUUCCCGAAGAAGAGACUCAGCUGAGUGAAACUGAGCUUGAGGCGCAGGAGCUCGCUCGCAACCUAAAGCUUGCCAGGCAAGAAAUUGGCCAAAAGAAGAUGCAAAACCCAAUCAUGCAAGCUCGACUUGCAUGCAAUUCCCCGCACAAUUUUUACUGGCCGUGGAUGGGUGAAUCCUCGACCGUGGAUGAGACCCUUGUAUCAGCGUCUGGUAAGAUGCUGUUGCUCGACCGCCUGGUUCCCUGCCUCCUUAGUAAGGGUCACAAGAUCCUCAUUUUCUCCCAAUUCAAAACCCAGCUAGACAUCAUCGAAGAAUGGGUAACUGAACUGCGGUCUUGGGAAUGCUGCCGUAUAGAUGGUGCAAUUCCGCAGGAAGAUCGCCGGGCGCAAAUCCAUGAUUUCAACAAGAAGAACAGUCACAAGAUCUUCUUACUGAGCACUCGAGCGGGCGGACAGGGUAUUAAUCUCACUGCCGCGGAUACGGUCAUCCUCUUCGACUCCGACUGGAAUCCACAGCAGGAUCUGCAGGCACAGGACCGUGCUCAUCGUAUUGGUCAAACCAAGCCUGUGAUUGUCUACCGGUUAGCCACCAAGGGUACAGUGGAACAAACUCUUCUUGAGAAGGCAGACUCUAAGCGUCGCCUGGAACGACUGAUCAUCCAAAAGGGCAAGUUCCGUUCGCUUCUGGACCCCGCCGCUACAUCGCAAGAUGUGGAUGAGCUGCGCCGCGCUCUCGGCGAGAAUGAGUUUGAACGAUUCGAAGUGGGCACUGAUCCCGAGUCAAUUCUUUCCAAUGAGGAUCUGGAGAUUCUUACUGACCGAUCUGAAGAGGCUUACGCUCGUGCUGAACAAGGUCUUGAUCGCAAGAGUGCUGCAUUUGUUGCUGUGGAGACAAAAGGGGAUGCUGGAAAGAGCAUCAUCUCGUAA